AUGAAAUACAAUCAAGACGAGCAGUCUAUGAAAAGCACCCUUAAAGGGCUCAUAGACAUCCUUGAUGUAAAUUCUUCAGUAACUGAAGUAAUAGCAGGGGUUUUAGUUGCCCAACAUUUUAAGAAUGAAGGAAAACCACUGGAUUUAUUAAACAUAAAUUCUAUCCUGAACCAUAUUAACCAGCAAGAUUUGAAUGGGUCCGGAAGGAGUUUAUCACAAUAUGGCUACCAAAACUCACAAAAGUCUGUGAAUAAAAAUUGUAUCGAUCAGUACUUUCAUGGAAAGACAAAUAGAGUUGUCAAAAGAGAAAAUACCCUAGUCACUCAUGAUGGAAGUCAAAUGUCUGAUAUGGUAAAUCCAAGUAUGAGCAACGUGAUUAACAAUUGAGAGCAGAGGAGAUGGUCCUUACCUCUACAACCUUUUACUUAUUAUCCUAACGGAGAAGAGAACUGUCACAGCUACUAUCCUCAGUUACCUUAUAUUAAGAGAGAGGAAGACACCCUGGCUAAUCCUGAGGAAGAGCCUAGCGAAAGAUAUGACGAGCCUGUCGCUUCCAAACCUGCAAAGAAAAAGAAAAACGGGAAAAAGAAGCCUGUGAUAAGAAAAUAAUAAGCCUGCAAGUAAUUCAAAAUUUCUAAUCGAAAAUGUGAAGUCCUUCGAAAAAUCAGAUAACAGGCCAAGGACAGAAAUCUGGAAUUGGGAAAGGAUCCAAAUAAUCGCAGAAGAAGAUGAUAAUCUGAACAAAAAUACCCACUCGCGCUCUAAUGGAGAUAGGUACAUCUCAGUUUCUUGAUCUCUCUGUAUGGAAGAGUUAAUAUUGGAGUCGUGUGUGGCAAAUCUCUCAUGAGGACAUAUCUACCAUCAGAGAUGACUAGUCAACCAAUGCAAGAAGUAUAUCAGAAGGUGCCAGUACCCUGAAUUUUGCCCUACAAUGGGCUGCGAGAAAAGACUAGGACCUCAAGAAAUAACAAAGCAUCUUGAAAAUGAUGAAUUUAUUAGAUUUGAAGCAUUUGCUCUCCUACGAAGUGGGCAGAUGAACAGAAAGAAACUUGGGUGGUGAGGAGACUGCAGGUUUAUCUUCUCUUGUAGUAACAAGGAAAAUUUAAGAUGCUUGAAAUGCAGCCAGCCAGGAUAUACAUUCCAGGAAUGCCUUUCCUUCCUUGACUUAGACAAGGAUAAUCCUCAAUUUGAAAAGAGGCAGAGGCUUGACACACUGUUCUUAGAAGACUGUGAUGGAAUCGUCAAUAGAUGACUUCAUUGCUUAAAGAGGAAAUCAAGGAUUCCAGGAUAUAGAUAUUCACUAUGCUAUUGUAAUAAAGUUACAGAAACUUGAGACAAAAAGGAUGAAGCAUCCACUGAGAAGCAAAGUGAGCAGGAUGAUGUUCUAGACAAAACUGUCGAUGAUUCCCUUUCAGAUCUCAAAAUCAGAGUCAAUACCAGGAAAUGCAGGAUUAAAUAUAAAGAGAAGGUGCUCUUACCUGACAUCAAUGAAAAAGACUCUUCUGAAGAAGAAAACUCAGAUGAAGAAUAUAUUGAAGAAAGGGGUUCUACUUGUGACAAAAUACUUGGAGGAAUAGAACUAUAAUUUUAAUAUUUUCAAUAUU